AUGGCUGAGGUUCUUGGCACCGUUGGCACCGCCAUUGGCAUGAUUGGCUUCGUCGGCCAAUUAUUCGACGGCUGUGUCAAGGCAUAUGGAUACUUCACCAUGGCAAACAACCUGGACGCGGACAGCCAGCGGAUGAUGUGUAAAGUGCGCAUCGAGGAAAUGCGGCUGGUGGUCUGGGGCAGGGAGUGGGGAGUGGCAGAGGGCAAGUUUGAUGAGCAUCUGAGCGAGCGGAAUCCGCAGCUCAGGGUGCUGGCGACGCAGAUCCUGGAGCAACUUCAUGGCACCGUCACGGACUUUAAGAAGCUGCAGGAUCGCUAUGGGCUGGUGGACGAAGCGGCGGGCAAAGGCGGCAAGGAGGCGGAUGUCUCACCACCGAGAAAAGGGUCCAAGGAUGAGGGGAAGAAGACAAAUGGCUCCAAGACGACUCCGGGUGCGCUUUCAAGUGAGAGAAGCUGGAGAAAAGAAAUUGGACUGAGGACGAAAUGGGUUAUAGGAGACAAGGACAAAUUCGCCAAUCUCUUAAAAGAUCUUAAAGACUUCAACGACGGUCUUGAAGCCCUCUUCCCCCCUUCUCAAGUCCAAUCCUUCCAGCGCGCAUGGACGCAUCAACUCCUCGACCGCGCCCAGCGAGACCUGGCCGAGCUCUCCCUGCUCGAAAACGCCUCGUCUGGCAUCUACCCCCAGCUCACCAACUCCGCCAACCUCAAGAAACUCCGCAUCAACCUCGACAGCAAGCCCCAGGCAUCCUUCAAGCCCACCUUUGCCCUGAAAAUCGGGCGCACUUCGCUCGACAUUCAGGACUUGGACUCGCCUCGCCGGGUUCAGGCCCACCAUGUUACUGCAGGCGAUGUCCUCAUUGAAUGGGUUGAUUACGACCGCGAGGAGAUUGAGGAGCGCGUUGCUCAUGUCCGCAGAAUGGACGAUCUGGCCCGCAUGAUGCACUCAGCGUCAGAAUGUCAUCCGGAUCUCCACAGUAUCGACUGUUUGGGUUACACAGAUGACGCCGCCAACAACCGCUAUGGCCUCGUCUACAAAGCGCCGUCAUCUUCUCACUCAACGCUCAAGACGCUCAUCUCCAGCCCCGACCUGAAAACGCCAGACCUCGACGACCGCAUCCGCCUCGCGCAAACCCUCGCUGUCGCCGUCUGGUCCCUGCACUCGCUCGACUGGUUGCACAAGUCUCUUUGCUCCUCCAACAUCGUCUUCUUCCCUUCAGCCUUUUCCACCUCCGGCCUAUCGCCCACCGCCUCCGCCGCCCUCGUCCCUGACAUCUCCCUGCCGUAUCUCAGCGGCUUCGGCGCCUCUCGCCCAGAGCUCGACACGGCGCUGUCCAUCGUCCCGCGCAACCCGUCCAUCGAGGACCUGCACCGUCAUCCCGCUUCCUUGCGCGGUAGACCACACAUCAAACCGUUUGAUAUCUACAGCUUCGGUCUGGUCUUGUUGGAGAUUGGCCUCUGGAAGGUCCUGCAGACUUACUACAAGGCGCACUAUUCGGCCGAGCGCUGGCGCGACAAGGUCGUCCUCGCCGUGCUGGUUCCUGGGCUGGGGAGUAAAAUCGGCAAGCGGUACAGGGAGGUGGUGGAGAUGUGUCUGCGCGUGGAUGAGGAGAUGUCUAGCAGCGAGGCUGGUGAGCUGAUGGAGGAAGUUGUUAAUAAGUUGGAAAGCAUCCGGGUGUGA